AUGGCCUUUUUCUCAAAUAAGCUGCCUUAUUAAAUUAUUUAAUAUAUUAGAUAAUCCAAAAAUAAAUAAGAAAGUGAUCGCUCUAACUAAAAAACCAUUCGAAUGAGUUUUUAAGGAAUUAAUGCUUAAAAAAUUAUGUCCUAAUGCUAAUAAAAUAAGCUAAAAAAUGCUAGGAUCCUUCAGAAAAAAAAUUAUUUAGAAAAAUAAAGGUAAAAGCUAAAAGAAUUUUUGAAUGCAAAAUAAACUAAAUUGCUUGGAGGAAGUGAUAAAUAAGAAUAUUAUGAAGAAAUACAAAGCGAUGAAGAAUAAGACAAUUAAAGAGAUUUAACUUUAUAAAAAAGGAAUUUAAAAAAAAAUUUUUUAGAUAAAUCUAUUCAAAAAAAUUAACUCAAUUCUGUAAUAUUGUGCAAUUAGAGCAUGAACUCAUAUUAAGAAUAAACUUCAAAAAGUAAUAAUUAAGUCUCAUCUGAUUAGAAAUAUUAAGAAAGUUCUAGUUUUGAGGAAUUGGUACAUAAAUAUAAUGAGUAACCAGAGAUAAAUAUUUAGCUAAUUAAAUUAGCCAACUAGCUAUGCUAAAAGUUUUAAAUUGAACAAUAAAAAAUUGAUUAAAUUUCAACUUAGAUAAAUUAGCCUAAGGAAUAGGAGGAUAAAUAACAAGAAUUUAAAUUUCAAAAAACUAAAAAAGAUAAUAAUGUUAAAAAUUCAUAAGGUAUUUGUGCAGAGAAUUAAAUACAGAGUGAGAGUGAGUUCUAAGAGAAUAUUGAGCUAGAUAAAUUAAUAACAAAAACAGCUAGAAAAAGAAAUUUAAAAAAUGAAGAUUUAAUUUUUUUGUAAUCAGUACUUAAGUUAGGUAAAUAUAUUAAUAGUGGUGGUGAAGCAGAUAUUUUUGUCAAUAUAGAGGAAUAGAUAGCUUUCAGAAUUAUCAAAUUAGACAAGUUUGAUUACCAAAAUUAUUUUUUGAAGGAGUAACUAAAAGAAUUGUAUAAUAUUAAAUAAUUCUAAGAAGAAUAGCAUGUUUUAGAUUUAACUUUUUCCCAUAUUAUCGAAGAUAAGACAAACAACUAAAAAUACAUAGUUCAUAUUAUGUAGAUAUGUCCAACGAGUUUAAAUAAAGAGUUAACAUCUGUAAGCGAGUACAGUUUGAGUUAAGCUUUAAAUGUUAUUUUUACUUCUCUUCACUUUUUAAUAGCACUUAGAUAGAAGUAUAUUUACCACUCAGAUAUUAAGCCCGGAAAUAUACUAAAAAUUGGAGAUUAGUACAAAGUUUCUGAUUUUGGUUCAUCAUAAGUUAUUCAUUUUAGUUAACCUUUUGCCCAACCUCUAGCGUGCACACCUUAUUAUACUCCACGUCGCUUCUAAAAUCUGCCUUUUUAUCACGAUAUUUAUUCGGUAGCUAAGACUAUAGAAAUUGUCUUAAAUAAAAUAAAUGGUCAUUAAGUUGUGAAAGAGAUGUUAUUGUAACAAGUGGAUAAACUUUUAAAAGAUGAUGAAAAUUCAAUUAAAAUUGAUUGCUUUUAAUUGCCAUAAGAAUUUAUUGAUUGUUUAAUUGAUUAGUGUGAUAAAGAAGUAGACGAAUUUUUAUAAACAUACUUAGAAUAAAUAGAAAAACACAUUGAAAUCAAGAAAGAAAAUAAAGUAUUUGAAUAUGAAUCCUAGUUCUAAAUUGACAAGGACAUUUAUAGUAGUAUCAGCAGUUUAAAUAUUGAACUAUAAGACUAAGAAUAAACUUAAUUUUAUGUGAAAAAGUAAUAAAAUGAAACAUCUUUGAUAAUUAAGAUAAAAAAGGACAUUGAAUAAAAUCUUAUAAACAUGCCAUCACUAACAUUUUUAAUGUCAAAUCUAACAAAUUUUAAUUCAUUAACAAUAAAUUUAAGCGAUAGCUUUGAUCAUUCGAAAUAUGCUGAAACUUUAGUAAAUGCAAUAUAAAAUAUUAAAUACUUAACUCUGGAUUUAAGUCAAAAUAAAAUAUGUGAUUAUGGAACACAGAGUAUUGCAAAUAUUUUGAAUAAGUGUCAAAAUAUAUCUAAAUUAAAUCUUAACUUAGAGCAAAACUAAAUAGGCGAUGCAGGAGCUCAGAAUAUAGUCAAAUCUUUAGCUAAAUGUGAAAAUCUUGUAGAAUUAGAUCUUAAUUUAGAUUGGAAUAAUAUUGGUGAAGAAGGAAUUUAUAACAUUGACAAAGCUUUGCAAAUAAAUAAGAACAUUAUUAGAUUAAAUAUAUGCUUAGAGAUGAAUAAUAUAAGUGAUUAAGGAGUUUUUUACAUUUCUUUAGCUAUAGAAAAAUGUUAGAGUAUUACCCAUUUAAACCUAAAUUUAAUAGGCAACAAUAUUGGUGAUUAAGGAGUUCAGAGCAUAGCAAAAGCGAUAUAAUAAUCCUAAAAAAUUACUGAAUUAACUCUUAAAUUGGAUUUAAAUAAAAUAAAUGAUAAAGGAGCUUAGAGUAUUGCAAUUGCUUUAAAAUAAUGCUAAAAUAUUACCAAAUUAAAUCUUGAUUUAUAUUGGAAUCAAAUCGGUCACAAAGGAGCUUAGAGUAUUUUAAAAGCAUUAGAAAAAUGUUAAAAUUUAAGAUAAUUGCAUCUUGAUUUAAGCUCGAAUAACAUUGGAGAUGAAACUGCUUAAGUUUUUACUAAAACUUUUAAAAAGUGUCAAAACAUUACUCAAUUAAGCAUUUAUUUAAUGAACAAUGGUAUCAGCAAUUAAGGAGCUUAAAGUAUCUCAGACGCUUUGAAAUAUAUCUAAAAUGUUACUCAAUUAAAUCUUAGCUUAGCAUACAAUAAAAUUGACCAUAUAGGAGCUUAAAAAAUAGCAAAAGUAUUUGAAAAUUGCUAAAAAAUAUCUCAAUUAUGUCUUGAUCUUAGGAUUAACAAAAUCGGUAAUUAAGGAAUAAAGGAAAUUGCUAAUUCUUUAAACAAAAGUCAAAAUAUAACUAGAUUAGAUCUUAUCAUAGGGUCUAAUUAUAUUACCCAUGAAGGAGCUUCAAUAAUUGCAGAAACUCUAGAAAAAUGUUAAAAUAUUACCUAAUUAAAUCUUGAUUUAGAUUAUAGUGAUAUUGGAUGUGAUGGAGUUUAAGCCAUAGUAAAUGCUUUGACAAGAUGUUAAAAUAUUAGGGAAUUAAAUCUUAAUUUAGAUUGGAAUAAAAUAGAUGAUAAAGGAGUUUAGGAUAUAUCUAAUGCUUUUUAAAAGUGCCUCAAUAUUAAAAAAUUAAGUUUUGACUCAAGCCCAAAUAAAAUUGCUGAAGAAGAACCUUAAAGUAUUCCACCUUCCUUAUUAGAAAUUUAGGAAAAUAUUGAGUUAAAAUUUGAUCAAGAAUAAGCUGAAAUUGUUAACAUGAGUGCAGAAAGUGGUAAUUUUCUAACAGACUUAAAUGAGUACCAACAUACAAAUGAAUCUACAAUCAACAUAAAUCAAAAUUAAAUCGAUUAAGAAUCUGCGACUAUUAAAGAUACUUUAGAAAAAUGUCAAGAUCUUACUCAACUAAAUCUUUAUUUCCAUAAAAAGGAAAUGAAUUAAGAAGGAGCUUUAAUUAUUGCAAAAACAUUGUAAAAAUGCUAGAACGUUAGUUAAUUAACUCUUGAUUUAAGUUAUAAUGAAAUCGGUAAAGAAGGAGCUUAGUAAAUUUCAAAUGCUUUAUAAAUGUGUCAAAUGAUAACUUAAUUAAAUUUAAACUUAAGUGAAAAUAAUAUCAACCAUGAAGGAGCUUCUAGUAUUUAGAAGGCUUUGGAAAAUAUAUGCUAAAAUAUUACUAAAUUAAAUAUUGAUAUUAGUUUGAAUAAAAUUUAAGAUGAAGGAGCUUAGAGCAUAACAAAUAUUUUGAAUAAUUGCUUAAAUAUCACUUAUCUAAAUUUAAAUUUAUUAUCAAAUGAAAUUUCUGAUAAAGGAGUUUAGAGUAUUGCAAAUUCUCUCCCAAAAUGUCAAAAUAUUACACUACUAAAUUUAGAUUUAAGCUCAAAUAAAAUUGGAGAUAAAGGGAUAUAGAGUGUUUCUACUGCUAUUUAGUAGCUUCACAAAAUUAUUCAAUUAGACCUUAACUUUUCUUUGAAUGAAAUACACCAAGGAGGUGCAAAGAGUAUUGCAUUAGCUUUGAAAAAGUUUCAAAAUAUUACUCAUUUAUAACUUGAUUUAAGUUUAAAUGAUAUUUAUGAUGAAGGAGCUAAAAGCAUUAUAAAUUCUUUGGAUAAAAAUUCAAAUAUAUAAUAAUUAAAACUAAAUUUAAGUGAUAGUAAAAUUGGUGAUGAAUCAGUAGAGAGCUUAGCAAUUACUUUAAAAAAGUUGCCAAAAAUAACAAUUUUAAAUCUUGAUUUAAGUGCUAAUAUUAUAAGCAAUCAAGGAGCGUAUAGCAUUUCAAAUGCCUUGGAGAAUUGUUAAAAUAUUACAUAAUUAGAUCUUAGAUUUUAUUAAAAUAAAAUUGGAGAUGACGGAAUUUAAAAUAUUUCCGAAUGCUUGAUAAAGUCUCAAAAUAUAACUCACUUGUGCUUAAAUUUAUAGGAAAAUUAAAUCAGUGAUUGUGGGGCUUAGAGUAUUGCAAAUGCUUUGGAAAAAUGUCAAAAUAUCACUCAGUUAAAUCUUGAUUUAGGGAAUAGCAUUACAGAUGAAGGAGCCAAAAUAAUUUCUAAUGCAUUAGAAAAAUGUUAAAAUGUGACUUUAUUAAAUCUUAAUUUGAAUGAAAACUAAUUUGGGGACGAUGGAGCUUAGAGUAUUGCAAAUGCUUUGUAAAAGUGUCAAAAAAUUACUUAAUUAAACCUUAACUUGCAGGCAAAUAAAAUCAGUUAAGAAGUUGUUAAUAAUAUUGAAUUAAUGUUGAAAGAAUGCCAAAAUAUUACUGAAUUGAAACUUAACAUUGAAUUUCAAUUUAAAGAAAAUUAAAGUUAAUAAGCAAGUUUAAAUCAAAGUUUUGAUGACGAAGAUUUUAGCAUUGAAGGUUCUUUUGAAGAGUGCGAGGAUUUUACUGAAUUUAAUAAUGAUUGA